AAAUAUUUGUUAUAAGCAAAAGUUUCGCAUUUAAAAGUUGUGUACAUAAGUGCUAGUCGUCGAUAAACAUGUUGCGUGUCUUGUUGCUGCCACUGUUGCUCUUCACCCUCUCCAUGGCCUGCAUGGGGCAGACAUUUCAGUAUUCUCGAGGCUGGACAAAUGGGAAAAGAGCACCGCCAGCAGCUCUCCUGUCAAAUGGUCAUAAUCUGGGUCUAUUGGAUCUGUACGAUAUUCAGGAUAAGCCUACUGAUCUUAAGUUGGAACGCUGCCUGAUGCAACUGCAACACUUUGUAGGCAAUGCGAUGCUGCAUCGCUCCUUUGCCAACGCAUUGGCCUACAAUGCAAAUAGGCCCGAGACGGAAGCGGAAACUCGUGGCCUAAACCUUCAUCCCCUUCAUCCCAGUGCCAAUAAUAACAACAAUAAUGAGAACAGUUUAUUCCCAAACUCAAAUAAUCAUCAAUCAAAUGAGAUUUUCGAGGCACUCGCCGCCUCUGCGCCGGGCGUCGAUUCCGUGGAGCCCAACGAUUAUGGCAAACAUUAAAUGGAUCCCAUUAUGAUUUAAUUGAUCGUUACUGUUAUUAGCAAGAAAUGCUACAAAAAUAUUGAAAAAAAUAUAUA